ACCCACAGCAGAGAGAGAGAGAGAGAGAGAGAGACGCCACUCUCCCCAUUUAAAUCCCACCUCAGUGAUGGCUCUCACCCUUCCAUUUCUCGGAUUCCGUUCUUUAGCUUAAAAAAUAACGAAAAAGAAAAAGAAAAAACUCCAGAGAGAGAGAGAGAGAGAGAUUCCUUCCGCUUAUAUAUAGGGAGCAGCACUAGUCUUUAUAUUCUCUCUUUUUACCUUCCUUCUCCAACUCUCUCAAUCUGGAAAUGGAGAAGCUCUGCAUUUCUCUCCCCCGCAUUCUCUCGCUGCAGCUGCUCCGCUUUUUCUGCGGUCUGGGCUUUGUCUGAGCUGCUGUGCUUGCUCGUUGCAGCUUUUACCCUUUCUUACCUUUCUUCCCCUUUCUUCUUCUUCUUCUGUCCAUCUCUUUCCUGCUGUCAGGGAAGUUCAAGGAAAAAAAACCCUAGAGUAGGAGCAGAUGAACAGCGCGGCGGCGACGGGGAGCCGGCCACCGUUUACGGCGUCGCAAUGGCAGGAACUCGAGCAUCAAGCCCUGAUAUUUAAGUAUAUGAUGGCCGGGAUACCGGUCCCGCCCGAUCUCCUUCUCCCGAUCCGGAAGAGCUUUGAAUCAAUGCCUGCAAGGUUCUACCAUCAUCCCAGCAUGGGUUACUGUUCCUUUUAUGGGAAGAAGGUGGACCCGGAGCCGGGGCGGUGCCGGAGGACCGAUGGGAAGAAGUGGCGGUGCUCCAAGGAUGCUUAUCCGGACUCCAAGUACUGCGAGCGGCACAUGCACCGAGGCCGCAACCGUUCAAGAAAGCCUGUGGAAACGCAAACCAUCUCUCAGUCCUCAUCGACUGUGACGUCGCUCACCACCCCAGGUGGUGGCGGUGGUGGCAGCAGCUUCCAGAACGUGCCCCUACACUCGAUUGGUAAUCCCCAGGGGCCAUGUGCUGGAACCAACUCUUCCCAGUUGCAGAUGGAGCCUGGCUCCUUCGGAAUGGGUAACAAAGAUUACAGGUAUCUGCAUGGAAUGAAAGGAGAGGUGGACGAGCAUAGUUUCUUCUCUGAAGCUUCUGGUAGUGCGAGGGGUCUUGGGAUGGAUUCUUCUCUUGACAGCACGUGGCGUCUGAUGCCAUCCAGGGUUUCCUCAUUUCCACCAUCAAAACCAAGAAAUGGCUCCAUUCUACAGGGUGAUUACCCUCAGAUGCAACCGCUGCAAGAUCUGGGGCAUGCUACUGUCACCACUGCACUAUCGAAGCAGCAGCAGCAUUGCUUCUUUGGGAGCGAAUUUGGUUCGUCUGAGCCAGUGAAACAAGAAGGCCAGUCUCUUCGCCCUUUCUUUGAUGAAUGGCCUAAAAAUAGGGAUUCAUGGUCUGAUUUGGAAGAUGAGAGAUCCAACCGAACGUCAUUCUCCACGACCCAGCUCUCAAUUUCCAUACCAAUGGCUUCCACUGACUUCUCCGCAACAAGUUCUCGGUCCCCCAAUGAUGAUUAGGAAAAGUUGGAUACCAAUAUGAGACUGGCUGGAAACUGUUAUCUGGUUUCCCUUGUUGGUUACCGACAAGAUAAUGUUCCUGGAUUGGCAGAGUACUUCAGGAUUUCUACUUGGUUUUCCAUCUCCCUCUCCUGUUUUGGUCUACUAAAACUUAUGCCUGAAGAAUGCUUGCUAGCUUGUUGGUGUUUGUUUUAGUGUGUUCUGUUAACGGGUUCAACUAUACCGUCUUGAUGCUACUUAUCUUUUUCCUCUUGAAUUGAACUCUGUAUGAAACUAAGAAUGCAAGCUCAAGAUUUCCUUUCUGAAUAAAACAACCAUUUGGAGUCUCCCGCAA